UGCUAAGCUCAGAAAAUGCUUUUGCACGGUAGCCCCAGGUUUGAAUUUUUAAGGCAUUUGUCGACUGGGCCUGGUACUUUUCAAGUUGCCUAAUAAUUACUGUUGAAAUCCUUAACAUGUGGCGCAAGUUUAUCAAUGUCUCAGAAAGAUGUUUGUUCUUCGCCGCGUUUUGUCGUUUGGUUGCAAACACCCAAAACGACUCUAUUCGAGCCAUCAAGGGGAAGUCACUUCCUUGUACGAGUUUCACGUUAGAAACGGCGGAAAAAUUGUGAAUUUCGGCGGGUUUUUGCUGCCAGUCCAGUACAGCGAUCAAUCCAUUGUAAAUUCGCAUUUAUUCACCAGAAAAAGUGCCAGUAUUUUCGAUGUUUCCCAUAUGCUUCAAACGGAAAUCCGAGGCCCCAAUUGUGUGGAAUUUUUCGAGUCACUCUGUACAGCCGAUAUACGGGGCCUGGCCGAUAACAGUGUCAGUUUAACAGUGUUUACCAACGAUAAUGGAGGCAUAUUGGACGAUUUGAUCGUCACUAAGGUGAACGAGGAAUUUUUGUUUGUCGUUUCAAACGCCGCCAUGAAGCAGCAGGAUCAACAAAUUAUGAUUAAUGGAUUGGAAAAGUUCAGAAAGCGCCAGGGUUCUAAGGGCCAGGAACUUUCGAUCCAGUUCUUAGAGCCGCACGAUAGAGCGCUAAUAGCGCUCCAAGGGCCCAAAGCUGCAGCUUCUCUGCAGAAUCUGACUGAGGUGAAUCUGAAAAGUUUGUACUUUAUGAGCACAGCUGUUGGGAGUAUUUCUAACGUGCAGGAAUGCAGGAUUUCCAGAUGCGGCUACACCGGCGAAGAUGGCUUCGAACUGUCCAUUCCAGCGAACAACGCGGAAAAAGUCGUCCAAACCCUCCUAGAGAACGCUGACGUGAAACUUGCAGGAUUGGGAGCCAGAGAUUCUCUAAGACUAGAAGCCGGUUUGUGCCUGUAUGGAAGCGACAUCGACGCAAAAACCACCCCCAUUGAAGGCGCCCUCACUUGGCUGGUGGCCAAGCGGCGAAGACUGGAUACAAACUUUCCAGGGGCCUCAACAAUUCUCCGGCAAAUCCAAGCGGGCUCAAAAGUGAAGCGCGUUGGCCUGGCGGCUUCUUCAGGCCCUCCAGCCCGACAUGGCGCCCAAAUUCUCUCCACAGACGGAGGAGUUUUAGGAGAAAUCACCUCAGGAUGCCCGUCUCCCAGCCUGGGAUUCAACAUAGCGAUGGGCUACGUUUCGAGCGAGUUUAGCAAAGUUGGGACCAAGUUGGGACUCAAAAUUCGGGACAAGGUUUAUGAGGGCAUCGUCACUAAAAUGCCAUUUGUUAAGGCCAGUUACUACACUAAACCGAAAAUAAACUAGUUUAUUGCCGAAA